CAUUCUCCUCAGUUGAAGUUUUAUAAAGAGGACCAGGGGCUGGCAAAUGAAAAGAACAGACGGUAAGAACCCCUUGCUUAGCCCUGCUCUCCCAGGCUCCCAGAAAUCUCAGGUCAGACGGCACGGACAGCCUCUGGAGCUCUUGUUUGGUGGGACCAUGAAAUGGCAGCAGCUGUGGCUGGGCUUCCUACUUCCCAUGACAGUCUCAGGCCGGGCCCUGGGACCUGCAGAGAAGGAGGCGGCUGUGGUGAGUCCCCUGGGAAAGAAGGACCCAGGAUUACCUGUUACAAUAUGGGUACCUACAGAAACCUCUAGAAGGACCUGACCACUUCAGGCCAGAAGAUAUUACAGAGGCCCUGAGAGCUUUUCAGGAAGCAUCUGAGCUGCCAAUCUCAGGUCAGCUGGAUGAUGCCACAAGAGCUCGCAUGAGGCAGCCUCGUUGUGGUCUGGAAGACCCCUUCAACCAGAAGACCCUGAAAUACCUACUGCUGGGCCGCUGGAGAAAGAAACACCUGACCUUCCGCAUCUUGAACCUGCCCUCCACCCUCCCAGCCCACACAGCCCGGGCAUCCUUGCUUCAAGCCUUCAAGUACUGGAGCAAUGUGGCUCCCCUGACCUUCCGGGAGGUGCAAGCUGGCUGGGCUGACAUCCGCCUCUCCUUCCAUGGCCGCCAGAGCGCAUACUGCUCCAAUACUUUUGAUGGGCCUGGAAAGGUCCUGGCCCAUGCUGACAUACCAGAGCUGGGCAGUGUACAUUUUGAUGAAGAUGAGCUCUGGACUGAGGGGUCCUACUGGGGUGUGAACCUACGUAUCAUCGCAGCCCAUGAACUGGGCCAUGCCCUGGGACUUGGGCAUUCCCGAUACACCCAGGCACUCAUGGCCCCUGUCUACGCUGGCUACCGGCCCUACUUCAAGCUGCACCCUGAUGAUGUGGCAGGGAUCCAGGCUCUUUAUGGCAAGAAGAGGCCAAGGUAUGAGGAAGAAGAGAUGGAGGUGCCCACUGUAUCCCCAGUGCCCACAGAAGAUAGUCCCAUGCCAAACCCUUGCAGCAGUGAACUGGAUGCCAUGAUGAUGGGGCCCCGUGGGAAGACCUAUGCUUUCAAGGAGGACUAUGUGUGGACUGUGUCAGAUUCAGGACUUGGCCCCAUGUUCCGAGUGUCUGCUCUUUGGGAAGGACUACCGGGGAACCUGGAUGCUGCUGUCUACUCUCCUCGAACACAAUGGAUUCACUUCUUUAAGGGAGACAAGGUGUGGCGCUAUAUUAAUUUCAAGAUGUCUCCUGGCUUCCCCAAGAAACUGAAUAGGAUAGAACCUAACCUGGAUGCAGCUCUCUAUUGGCCUUUCAACCAAAAGGUGUUCCUCUUUAAGGGCUCUGGGUACUGGCAGUGGGACGAGCUGGCCCAAACGAACUUCAGCCGCUACCCCAAACCAAUCAAGGAAUUGUUUUCUGGAGUGCCAGACCAGCCCUCAGCAGCUAUGAGUUGGCGGGACGGUCAAGUCUAUUUCUUCAAGGGCAAAGAGUACUGGCGUCUCAACCGGCAGCUUCGAGUAGAGAAAGGCUAUCCCAGAAGUAUUGCCCACAACUGGAUGCACUGUCAUCCCCAGACUCCAGGCACUACCCGCUCAGCUGGGGACACCACUUCUUCAGCCACAGGCACAAUCUUGAAUACCAUUCCCUCUACCAUGGAGACCACGUUGAACCCUGACCACUCACCCAUAGACCCAAUCUUGGAUAUUACAACCUGAGCCACAGACUCCACCACCCCUUCUCUCCCUGCUAAUGUCACCCUUUCAGGGGCCUAAGAUCUAAUCAAAUGUCUGCUCACUGGAACUAUGCAGAUACUAGAGCCGGAGGAUGCACCAUAGACCUCAGGUCCCUAAGUUUCAACUGUAGUCAGCAUUCUUUGCUCUUUCCCUCCUGGGAACUUGCCCCUUAACUCUGAUUCAUCCCCCAGCUCCAUCCAUUUGUUCCAACUGUGUUAUCGGGAAGACAGGUGGAGGGAAGCUUCAAUCAGGUCUUUACCAGACAGGUAGCAACUAGGGAGGCUGGAUACCUGGGUCCUAUUCUCCUUAGAUGAAAUGCAAGAAAAUGACAUGGUCAGUAAAAUGAGCAAGGGCUUUGGAAUCCUUGAGAAUCACAUUUAUUGCUUGUGACUUUGGGCAAGCUAAUUAACUGCAUUGAAUCUUGGAUUCCCCAUUUGCAAAAUAAGGUUAAUACCAAUCCUGCAGGGUUGUUGUGUUAAAUGACAGGCCUACAUGUGAAGUGCCUGGCACCAGUGUCUGGCACAUUUCUGUUUAAUAAAGACUAACUGCACUGG